GGUUUUCUCCCCCAAAAUGAAAGCAGCAUUUAUGCAACUCUUCGUAGAAAAAGGUCAGGUUCUCAAGAAAUCAAAAAACGAACUCAGUUUAAGCAUCAAAACGAACUUUAAAAUGAAGGAGAAGCGGAAACCACACCGGCACGAAAUGAGUUGACGCCAAAACUUACUGCUGGGGUCGAUGGCCGCCGGAGGAGUAGCCGUCGGUGGAGGUGAUGUAGACUAGCCCACCCAGUUUCAGUGCAUUAUAUGCAGACCUCAAGAAGGACGAAUCACUCCCGAACGAAUCGAUAUCAAUAAGAUCGAAGAAAUCUUUCUGAAGAUAACAUUCCGUCAUAACACGGUUAGCAUCGAAAUGCGUCGCCGCCCAUCUCCGCUGCUUGUCCCCCGAGCCUCUCCCCACCCGCGACAAGUUUGACAGCACAACCCUCCUGUAAUCGUCGUUCGCGUCAUUUGCCAACACAAAAUCUGCCUCUGCCUCGACGAGGUACCGUAGGGAACGAACUCCGCAGCCGCACAUUGCGUCAAGGACGCGAAGACUGCCGUUGGAUUUCUUAUGGAGAGAGGCAGCGAGGACGCCGAGGUCGCGGCCAGUGGCGCUCUCGCGUCGGAAGAAGGAGUCUCCGGUUUCGAACUCGAGGCCUCUUUCAGCCUGGUAUUUGGAUUUGAGGGUUGUGUGGGUGGCUAGGAUUGUGAUUGGAUGAGAUACGCGUGGUCUAGGGCUGGGGUUUAUGGGUAGUGAGGAGGGGGAUAGGGUUUUGCUUGCUAGAAAUGUCAUGGCGGGAGACACAGGCUGAGGCUCUACCAUGACCUUGCCUGGGUUUAUUGGCAAAGACAUGGUACCGCACGUGACUGUUGUGUGAGCCUCAGAGAGAUAGAGAGAGAGAUGGAAACGUGUAAAUACAUUUAUAUUUUUGCCGUCUCUCAAUUGCAAAUUUGUCUGAAUGGGCAUUCAGAGGGUUCUGAUUGCCAAAACAUCUCUAUGUGAGGGAAAGAUGAUGAUGUGCCUGAACUCGAGAUUGUCUGGAGUGAGGUAGGGAAGCUAAUGUUGCAACGAUGGCGAAGCACACGGUUGCAGCACUCUCUUAUGGUACUUCUCCAACAUUUAUAGCUGGGUUUUUGCUAAACGUGAUGUGUUAUAAUUUAUCUCAUCAAUGAAACUGAUUGCUAUUGUAAGGAAUCUUAACUAUCAUUUUCCACAUGGUUACCAGAGAAUGGAGAGAAAAAUUCAUCAUAACAGCAAUACACCUGCUUAUUUUGAAUGAUACAGGGAAGUAGCUUUAAACUGGCAAAUUAAGGAUUGGUUUCCAAUUCCUUGUGUAAAAGAUUUGAUCAUUAAGUUUAAUACCUUUCAGCUAUAUAGAAAGAUGAAGUGAUUCCAAUUGAGGGGUAAAAUGCCUGAGUUUCCAUAUGAAGAAGUGCUUCAUCUGAUUAUGGUAAAAAGAUUUGAUCAUUAAGUUCAAUACCUUUCAGCAAUUUAGAAAGAUGAAGGUGAUUCCAAUUGAGGGGUAAAAUGCCUGAGUUUUCAUAAGAUGAAGUGCUUCAUCUGAUUAUGGUACAUGUCUCCCAGUAAAGUUAUUCGGGUUUUCUUCAUUUGAAGCAUGAACAUAUAUUCAAUCUAGAGAUUGUGGCCCUCUGAUGGAUUCAAAGCCACAAAUAACAUUAUUGUCAAGGAUAAAAAGGGCAAGCCGGUGCACAAAGCUCCUGCGUACGUGGGGUCUUGAUAAUUUUUAUUGAGUUCAACAGUCUGCACAGGCAUAUGGCUUGAGUUUCUGUUUUGAGUGCUGAAAGUUUAAUUCCUGUUGUUAUGGGAGAUCUUCAAGCGUGUGUGUCAUUUUCCUCCUCUUCAUCCUCUUCCUCUUCGUUCAACCCACAUCCAUUGUCCAUUGGUGUGAAAUGCUGGCUAUUAGCUGAACAAAGGAUCCAAGAGAUAUUAUGCACUAUUCAACCAACUGCAGUUGCUGAGCAGAGGAGAAAGGAAAUUAUAGAUUAUAUUUGCAGCCUAAUUAAGGAUUAUUAUGGAAUUCAGGUGUUGCCAUUUGGUUCAGUGCCUCUGAAAACCUAUCUUCCUGAUGGAGACAUUGAUCUGACUACCCUCAGCUUUGAAAACGUGGAGGAGGAUUUGAUGCGAGAUAUCUGCAAUGUUCUUGAAAAGGAAGCACAGAAGAAUUCAGAGUUUCAAGUAAUGGAUGUCCAAUAUAUUCGUGCACAGGUUAAAAUUGUGAAAUGCACUGUACAAAAUAUAGCAGUGGAUAUAUCUUUCAAUCAAAUGGCGGGGCUCUGUGCCCUAUGCUUUCUUGAGCAGGUUGACCAACUUAUUGGGAAAAAUCAUCUUUUCAAACGCAGUAUCAUAUUGAUCAAAGCCUGGUGCUAUUAUGAGAGCCGAAUUCUUGGUGCAUACUAUGGGCUGAUUUCCACUUAUGCUUUGGAAACAAUGAUCCUUUCUAUUAUAAAUCUCUUUCACACAUCACUAUUUAGUCCUUUAGCUGUCCUCUAUAGAUUCUUGGACUACUAUAGCACAUUCAAUUGGGACAGUUACUGUGCCAGUAUAGUUGGGCCAGUCCCCAUAUCUUCCCUUCCAGAAGUUGCGACAGUGGCACUAGGAAAUGGUGGGGAUCAAUUAUUGCUCAGUGAGGAAUUUAUCCAGAACUGCAGAGAAAUGUUCUCGGGACCAACAAUGGUAGUUGAGACUAAAGCAUAUGAUGUUCCCCUCAAGUAUCUCAACAUAUUAGAUCCUCUAAAGUUAAAUAAUAACCUUGGAAGGAGUGUCAGCAAAGGCAAUUUCUAUCGAAUUAGAUGUGCUUUUUCCUUUGGGGCUCGAAAGCUUGGGCAAAUCCUUGUGCUACCAGGAGAAGCUAUGAUUGAGGAACUCAAGAAGUUCUUUGUCAACACUUUGGAAAGGAAUGGAACAGGGCGACGGGCAGAUGUAGAAGUUCCUGUUCCACCAUUUGGAUCUGGAGUUUUUGAAGUCUCUGAUCUCAAUGGUCCAUGGUAUCAUGAAUAUAUCUUAUCCCCUUCUGCCCAUCUUAGUUCAUUGUUAUCACCUCAGUUCAGAGACAGGAAUGCAUGUGAUGCCCAGUAUCAGUCAGGGCAUUUUGAUUGUAAUGGCUUCUAUCAGAGGAACACAGGUGUUUUUGUCCCAGAACUGCCAUUCAGCCACCCAAAUAUUUCCCAAUCGCUAGACAUUGCAAAAUCACAUGCAGUGAAUCCCUAUUUCCCAAAGGUGAAAUCGCGAGGAACAGGCACAUAUAUCCCUGCCACAGGAUCUGAAGGAACAGGGAAAGCACGAGGAAUGGGGACACUCUUAUCUGAUGCUAAUUUUUCUCACACAGAGAUGCAUCCAAGGCAAAGAAGAAGAAAUCCAGAAUCUGCAUCUCAUGGUCUCUUGCGAGAACAUCCUCAAAAUAAUGACCAGGGUGAACCCUCAGGGACACGCAAGGGUGGAAAUGGCAACUGCCUUAACCUGUCACUAGAAGAAUUCCCACUUCUUCCACAGAGCAAGAAACCUGCACCAUUAGGAAUCCCCUUGUCUCCUCAGCCAACUUUGAAGCCCCCACAGGUGAAAGAUACAUCUAUCUCUGUAGAAGAUAUUGAAUUUGGUACAUUUGGGCUUCAGCUGUCUGCAGUGGGACUGCCUUUGCAGCAGGCAAGCAAGCAGCCAGUUUCUGGAGGUUCUGUUUAUGUGGACACAGUCUCAGGAGUCCAAAAUGUGGCAAUGCAGAGGCCAGAAAUGUUAUCCAUGGCCAAGGACACUGUUCUGGCGCAGGUUUACCAACUAGAAGAUAAUGAGGACUUCCCUCCUUUAUCCCGUUGACUUCCCUCGAGUCUUGGUGUUUUUUGCUUGUUGACACCUCUGCCUUCCGAGGUUUUGAAGCAGAAAUUUUCUAUAGCCUCUGUAUCUCUCUCUCUCUCUGUAAUGAAGGCGUUUCUAAAGACUGAUUUUGGAUGUCUUGUUUGCCCUUUCAGACAUUCUUGGUUGAAAGUUGCUGUUAUUUAAAUGGGGAUGUGAAUGACAGAUCCGAUUAUUGCUAGACUAUGUUAGGACAUGCAACUUUGGUUUUACUAAUUCUUGAAAGUGCCUCAAAUGCACAUGCUAUGAACAUUGGCAGACCAUGUGUUUUAGAUUCUCAGAUUGGGCUUUGCAAGUGGGAUUGAAUUAUACUGGCAUAUUAACACUUACCCUUCCA